UCCUCCAUCAUCACUAAAAAUUAUAAGGCUUGACGCAUUGAUCCGGGUAUUUAUCGUCGGAAUCUAAUAAUGAAAUUUAUAUAUAUUAAGCGGAGAGAAGAAAACAACAUGAUUUGCUAAAAAAAAAACCCCAAUUUCACUUGAGUUUCCGAUUUCUGCUGGCAAAAAAAACCAAAAAAACAGAAUCUCUUCCGCUUGUCCUCUCCGAUUUCCGAUUCGCCUCUCGUCGUAGCUUGUCGAUAUCGUAAAGCUACACUGUUAUAUCAGUAGGUUGAUGAUGGGUUCUGCAGCCAGACAACCUCUCUUCUCUUUUGGUGUUAUUGCCGAUGUUCAGUAUGCGGAUAUUCCAGAUGGCCGCUCCUUUUUAGGUACUCCUAGGUAUUACAGAAACAGCAUCCUUGUCCUGCAACGAGCUGUCCAAACUUGGAACCACCAUGGAAACCUCAAGUUUGUGAUCAACAUGGGGGACAUUGUUGAUGGAUAUUGUCCCAAGGAUCAAUCCUUGGCGGCAACUAAGAAACUGGUCACUGAAUUCGAGAGAUUCGAGGGUCCUGUGUAUCACAUGAUUGGCAAUCACUGCUUGUACAAUCUCCCACGCGAAGAGCUGCUUCCGUUACUGAAGAUCCCAGGUUGUGAUGGCAAUGCUUAUUAUGAUUUUUCACCAACCCCUGAGUAUAGAGUUGUGGUAUUAGAUGGGUAUGAUAUAAGUGCUGUUGGAUGGCCACAAGACCAUCCUAAGACGAUCGCUGCAUUGAAAAUACUCGAAGAAAAGAACCCAAACGAAGAUAAAAACAGCCCUGAGGGGCUUGUAGAUGUUGAGAGGAGGUUUGUGAAGUUUAACGGUGGUGUUGGGGAGAAACAGCUGCAAUGGCUUGACACUGUGCUUCAAGAGGCAACGAAAUCGAACCAGAAAGUUAUCGUGUGUGGGCAUGUGCCUAUGAGCCCUGGUGUGGCAUCUAAAGCAGCAUUGUUAUGGAAUUUUGAUGAAGUGAUGAGCGUUAUACACAAGUAUGACUGUGUUAAAGUUUGUUUGUCGGGACACGACCAUAAAGGAGGAUACUUUGUUGAUUCUCAUGGUGUUCACCAUAGGUGCCUGGAAGCUGCCUUGGAGUGCCCCCCAGGUACGUAUUCGUUUGGACAUAUCGAUGUAUUUGAGAACAAGUUAUCUCUUGUUGGUACUGAUCGGAUGCAAAGCACAGAUUUUUGAGAACUAAGUUUUCCUACGCAGAUAUUGUAGUAACCAAUCCAUUUUUAUUAUAUGAUGAAUAUGAUUCUAUUAAUAUCAUACGGCUACAUGUACGGUGCUUU